GCAAAAUCGAGGGCGAUGAGGGGCGCCGCCGCCGCCGCUCUCCCCCUUUGGGCGGGAGGAGCAACAGUUCCGCGCCGCCGCCGCCAGGGGGCGCCCCGAGCUCGCCCCGCGGCCCCAGGAAAAAGGGAGCCGCUUCGGAUCCGGCCGACGGCGCUUGGCUGCGGCGGGGUUCCCGAGCCGGGGCCGGAGAAGCCGUUACCCGCGGCCUCCGGGCCCAGUCGACUGCCGGCGACCGCCAUGAGCGCCGCGGCGGCCUCGGAGCGGGGGGAAGCCUCGGCCUCGUCGACGACCUUGUCCCCCUCAGCUGAGGCGGGAGGCGGCCACGGGGAGCCCCAGCUGAGGGCGGAGGAGGCGGCGGCGGAAGAAGAGGAGCGCGAGGCUCGGCAGUUCGCCCUCUACCUGGCCCCUGAGGCGGGGCGAGAGGGGCGCGAGGAGGUGAAAGAAAUAGAGGAGUCUAUAGAAGAGAUGUUAAUAAGACUGGAUGAGUUCUGUGGCAUGACUGAUCUGAUUAGAAGCAAUACAUCCCAACUCUUGGAUGAGGCAAUUCCACUAAUUAAAGCCAAGGUGAUAGAAAUGAACAGCAUCUAUACCAAAGUGGAUAAGCUAGAGGCAUUUGUGAAAAUGGCAGGACACCAUGUCUCUUUCCUAGAAGAACAAGUCCUUGAGGCGGAGAAGGCUCAUGCCAUCUUUCCCUACACUGUGCAGAAGCUGUUUGGCUCAGUAGCUACACCUUCAUUUAAAAAACUAAUCUUUUCAAUGAGAGAUCAACCAUGCAGAAACAUGCCACAGCUUCGCAGCACACUUACAGCCUGCCAGAACUCUACAGAACUGAAGAUUAUUUUCCUAUCAAAUAUAUAGGCAGCAAGUACCAGAACCACUAAGGCUGCAUUUAAUCGUCUCUAGCAUUUGAGAGAACUUGAUCUGAACAGCUACAGGGAUAGAGUAAAAUAGAUGUUAGACCAAAGAAGGGAAGAGUGGUAAUAUUUCUGCCUUUUUAUCUUUCCCAUGAGGGAGGAAUUAAUCCCCAGAUUUGCUGGUUUUGAAGUAUUGAUGGUCCUUGCGCUAUGACAAAAACUUUAUACAGUCUUGUUGCUUUGCUUCCAUUUGGCAUUUGAGACAGGUUUAUGUAAACAAAGCAGGAAUAGCACAUUUAAGAUGUCAAAAUUGGAUGAAACUUACUUACCUUAAGUACCAUGGAUUGCAGCAAGAAGCUAUUUUCCUACUCUGUGCCUAACUGCUACAAUCUUUCAUUUAUACCAAGGCUGUUGCAGUGUAGAAAUACUAUUUUGAAAGUUGCCUAAUAAAGUGGCACAAUCUUACUUACCUCCCCCCUUCCAACUAGCACAUCUAUUCAAAAUUCUUCUGAAAUGUAACUUGAAUGGUUUAGUUCUGGAAAAUGCUUGUUAUUGAACCAGAGCAUGUUCAAAACAAGCAAAUUAAAAUACGCAAUGCGCACUAAAGAGACCAUUGCAUCCAGUGUCUUAUUUUUGAGGCAUGAACCUUUGGUUACAAGCUCAACCACAAAGGUAUAAGCGAUCAGAAGCAGUACUUAUAAGCCAUACGAGGCAGACUCCCCCAUAUGAAACAGGGUACUGCUCAUAUACAGGGCAAGGUGAGGCUGCCUCAGGCAGAAUCCACACGACAGCAGAUCCCAGUGUAGAUCUCUAUUCCUGAUACAGAUCUUUACUUCACCCUUCCUCCUGGCAGACAGGGGGGCACCAUUUUGAGGUUUGCCUCAGCUGCCAAGAUGUCUUGGGCCAGCUCUCCAUUAAAUGCGAUUUUAAAGCAUUUUCUGACCCCUCUAUACAAAGUACUUCACUAAAAGGCAUGAAAUGAAUUAACACUUUUUAACAAAGGCAGUUGAUCAGCACAUGGACUUUGUGUGUAUGGUUCUGCCUCUACUGAAAUGAAUGGCACUUCUGGGAUGCCUAAAUUCUGUCAUGCAGCUAAGAACAAGCUGUGUAUCUGUAUUUAUACAGUGUAUGUACACAACUGUUGCUGCAGAUGUUGCGAUUACAGGAGCUCAUACUUUAGGAUCUUCCAGCUCUUUCCAUUGGUUUUGCUCACAACAGCAAUGGACUGUUUAGAACAUUUAAGACAUGUACAACUAACGAUGCACAUUGACACAACUAUUACUAAUUUCUGGAGAUGUAGAUUUUAGACUACAGAAGUAAACGACUGUAUCCUUUCGAGUGAAUUGAUCAAUACUGAAAGCUAUAUUAAAAAUAUAUGAUCAGACUGCUGCAGUCUAUUGAUUUUCAUGAAUGCAAUAUAAAAUGAAAGCAAUCUUGCUCAUCCAAGGUUACCCAAGAGGGCUCACAAAAAUGUCUUUAGAAUCAUGUUGCCUACAUCUGGCGGAACACCUGGUUUCUUAUUAUACUAUCAUGUGCACAAAAUAAAAAACCUAGUGUGAAAA